AUGAGAAAAAAAUCAAUCUUAAAGAAAGCAAGAUAUUUAUCACAAGCAGAAGAAACUUCCUGUAUAUUAGAUAAACAAUAUAGUGAAACAAAAGAAAAUGGAGAUAGCUCCUCUAGUGAAAGAAGUAAACUCAAUACAGAAAUUAGAACAUUUGAUGAAGAUACUAAUAAUGAACUUAAUUUUUAUCUUGAUGACAGAGAAAUUAAUAAUGAUACAGUUAAAUGUCAAAAGUCAUCCUCAUAUGUAAAUUGGAGAGGAAUGGACUUUGUUAAUUUAGUAUUAAAUGAAGAAAAAGAUCGUAAUAUCUCAAGUCUUGUUAAUUGUUGGAAUGAAAAACAAAGAUCUUUCGAGACAAAAAUACAGGAUAAAACAAAUUCAACAUGUACUUUGAAAAAUUUUGAUUAUUGUGCUGUUUUGAAAAAAAAUGAUAAUUGCACUAGUCCUUAUAAAAAUAGUGAUUUACCAGAUUUAAUUCCAUUAACAUAUAACGAACUCAAGGAUAAUCAAUAUGAACAGAAUAAAACUAAAAUUAUUGACGAUAGACAUAAUAGAUUUCACAAUAUUACUAAUGAUAUAUCUCAUUACUAUUACAGAAUGUAUGAAAAUGACAAAUCUCCACUUAAUUGUGGGAAGUGGAGUAUGUAUAUAUAUAAGAGAGGAAAACAAUUUAUUAAAAUGGCGGCCAAUGAAUUAUAUGAAGAUGCAGUAUAUGUAAAUGAUGCUAUUAGAAGAUGGAAUGAACAUAGUAAUCAAUUGGAAACUACUGUGUUAGAGGAUACUCAAUAUCAAUGUAAUAUGACAAAAUUUAUUUAUCAAAUUAAAGAGCAAGAAAAUUCAAAUAAUCCAUAUGAUUUAUCUAGGCUUAUUUCAAAAAAGAAUCACAAUCAAUCUAAUGAAACUACAUAUAAUACAACUGCAUUACCAGAUAACUUACAUUCUACAACUGUAACUCCUAAUGUAUUACAUAAUGUUACUACUACAAGUUCAUUGGAUAACAAUACGACCAAUGUUAAUAACGUAAAUGGUACAAAUGCCUCUGAAAAUACAUUAACAGGCGACACCUCAGUACCACCAGCUACUGCAGAUCAAAUUGUUCCAAAAACUUCAACCACAAUUUCUCCAAUAGACACAACACAAUCGAAUUCUUUAACUCCAAAUGAUAAAAUAAAUUCUAUUACUAAUAAUAUAUCUAACACAACCUCAUCCCCACCUUUCACUGGGACUUUAAUAUCUCCUGCAACUAAAAUAUUACCUUCAAAUUCUACUACAAGUAGUGUCACACCUACAGUUACACCUUUACAUGGAGAAAUAUCUGCUACAGCGACCAAUGAAUAUUCUAUUGCUACUAUGAAGACAUUUACAAAUAAUAUUACACCUUCUACAACAUAUACUAAAUCUCCUGCAACUUUAUCAAUACCUUCUGAAACUGUAACUUCUGUAAAUAAAACUAUAUCUACAAAUGGCAAUAUAUCUGUUACAAAUGACACUGCAUCUCCUUCAAUUGAUCCUACUUCUUCUCCUGAGAUUGCACCUUCCCUUACAACUAUGACUACAACUCCUACAGAUAGCUCUACACCUCCACUACCUUUAUCUAUUCCUAAAAUCACCACUUUGUCAUCUACAAAUAAUUCUACAUCACCUACAAAAGAUAUGUCUAUUCUUCCUACUAAUGAAGUUACUAAUAAAACUGCAACUUCACCUUUAACAGAUAAUUCUACACCUUUAUUGACAAAUAUUAUUGAAGAUGCUACUACCAUUGAAUCUUCUACAAACAGAGUUGCAUCUCCUGAAACUGACGUUAUAUCUCCUGCAAUUAACAUUACAUCUCUUAUGCCUGAUACUAUAUCUCCAAAUGCACUUUCGAAUUCUCUAGAUAAAACACCUAUUCUCACAAAUACAACUGCUUUUUUUCCUACAACAAAUAGCAAUUUAUUCUCAAAUCAGACAGAUAGUAUCCAACUACAGAUCCCACCAAAUACACAUGCCCCUCUUAAACAGCCUCAACAAAAUUUUCAUGGAAGAAAUUGUUCUGAAAACAUUUCACUGUGUCAAACUGCGACUGAUCCAAAUACUUUGAAGCCAGUCCCAUCAAGUGACCCUAAUGAAGUUAUGCCUACAGUUAAACCUACAGAUAAUUUAUUAAUACCAAUGGUUUCAGGAGGUAUUUUUCUUUUAGGAAUUAUUUUUCUUUUGAUUCUUCUUUGUAAAUAUACUCCCAUUGGUUCUUGGAUUCGUAAUAGGAAGUCAAAAAAAAAAAAAGCAAGAAAAAAGAUUAAGAAAAUAACAAGGGAACCGUUGCUAAUGGAUACAAAUAAUACAAAGAAUGAACCAAUAAAUAAUCAAAAUUAUUCAUCCUUACACCAUGAAAAGGAAAUACCACAAUGUGAUAUGAGUUUGAAAAAUCGAAAAGAUUUAAAGUAUAAACAAGUGAAGAAAUCCAAAGCACAUAAAGGAAUGUAUAUGGAAAAUGAAAAAUAUUUGAAGUAUGAACAUAUGAAGAAAUAUAAACCUCAUGCAGGAAUGCAUAUGGAAAAUGAAAAUAAGUGCAUUCGUGAAGCUGUAGAAGUAUCAAAGAAGCAUGAAAAUGAAUUUAUAUUGAGAGAAAAAUUAAAUGAAGAUAAUCCUACAAAUGAAAUUAAAGAUGAAUUAAAUAAAAAUAGAUUAGAAGAAAAUCCUGUUCAUGUUGUAGGGUAUAUUAGGAAUGGCACAUUAAAUGAGGAAAAAGCAAAUGAAAUAAAUUCGCAUAAGGAAAAAUCUACAUGUGAAGUUGAAAUGAAAAACUUAGGAAAUAAAACAACAAUCGAGAAUGAUGUAUGUAAUUGGAAUUCAUGGGUAGAUAUACAUAUGAAUGCAUUACUAGAAUAUAAAAAAGAGGAAUGGAAAUUGAAUAAAACCGAAUUUAUUGAUAUUUGUUUAGAAGAGAUCCAAAAAGAAGGAGAAAAUUCUAAUUUAAAAGAUAUGGGAAAUAAUUUUGUAAUGAAAAUAAAUGAAGAAAAUAAUACCGAUACAAUAGAUAAAAAUAGUAGUAUAUUAGAUAAAUAUAAAAAUGAAAAGUGGUUUAUUAUUUUGAAGAAAGAAUGGAAACAAGAACAAGAAAAAUACUUAGAAUAUUUAGAAGAAUAUGAAAUUGAAAAAAUGACAGAAAUGGGAGUAAAUAAUUUUAUGCUAGAUAAAAAAAAAAAAAUAUGGAAGAAAUGGAUAGAAUGGCAAAUAGAGCAUUCAUACAAAUACAAAAAUCAGAAUUGGUUUAUAAAAUUAUUAGAAGAAUAUGAAAAAGAAGAAUUUCAUGAAAAUAUAAAAGAAGAAAAAAUAGAUAAAGAAAGAAACAAUGGAAUAGAUAAAAGUGAAAUGAAGAAAAAUUUGGAAAGGAGAAUUUUGUUAGAUAUUCAUAUGAUGGUAUUAGAGGAAUGUAUGAAAGAAGAGUGGGAAAAAGAAGAAGAAUUUUAUAAAACAAACAUUAUAGAGAUAAGAAAAUAUAAAGAUUUGGACGAAGAAACAAACAUAUUAGAUAAAAUAGAGAGAGAAAGAAGUUGGAAUGUUAUAUCAGAAAAAAAAAAAGAGGAAAUAGAAAAAUGGAAAAAAGAAAAAUGGUUUAUUGAGUUAAUGUUAGAAUGGAAAAAUAAUGAAGAAAAAUAUAUGAUGGAGACAAAUGAAGAAAUUUUAGUAAAAAAGAACAAAGAAAUAAUAAUAGAUGUUGUCUUAGAAAGAAAAAGCAAUAUAUGGAAAAAACACUGUGAAAAUAUUUGUAGAAAGUGGAAAGAAGAUGACAACAAUGAAGAAUGGUUUACAAAGUUAGUGAAUGAAUAUGAAAAUGAAGAGAAAGAAUAUAAAAGUAGAAUUGAUAAAAAUAGUAUAGAAAAAAAAAUAGAAAAUGAAAAAACCAUAGAAAGAGGUGAACCCGUAACAGAGAUUAAUAAAAAGGGAGAAGAAAAAAUGGGAAAAUAUGAAUGGAAUAGUUUAGAGGAAUCAUAUGAAAGGAAUAAUUCUAUAAUAAACAAAAAAAAAUUAAAAUGGAAGACUUUAAUAGAAAUAUAUAUGGUAAUAUUGGAGGAAUGUAGAAAAGAAGAGUGGUUAUUGAAUAAAGGAAAAUUUUUAGAAACCUGCUUAGAUGAAUUUAUAAAAGAAGAAAAAGAAAAAUAUCCAAAAAAAAUAGAAAAUGAUUUAGAAAUGUUGAGAGAAGGAAAAGAAGACAUUAGUACAUUGAUGAUUGAGAAACAAAAACUUUUAUGGAAGAAAUGGGUAGAAAGAAACAAAAGAAUGUCAGAGAAAUGGAAAAAAGAAGAAUGGUUUAUUAAUUUGAAAAAAGAAUGGGAGAAAGAACAAGAAAAAUUUGAUGAAUUAACAAAUGAAUCAGAAAUAUCAGAUAUAGAAGCAGGAAAAAAUCCUAUGCUAGAGAAACAAAAAAGAAUAUGGAAACGAUGGCUAAAAAAACAAAGAAUGUGGUUUAUACUACAUAGCGAGGAUGAAUGGUUUAACAAUUUAUUAGACGAAUACGAAAAAGAAGAAGAACUUAAGGAAGGAAUAACUAAAAAGGACGCGAAAAAAGCGAAGAAAAUUCAUGAAAAUAUAGAGGAAUUGAAACAAGAAGGAGAUAACGAAAUAGAGAAAAAUAGAAAAAAAAGGGAGAAAUUGAUACAAAAAGUUUUGAUAGAAAUACAUAUGACGUUAUUAGAAGAAUUUAUGAAAGACGAAUGGCAAGAAGAAAAAGAAUAUUUUUUUAAAAAAAUGGUGGAAGAAUUGAGAAUACAAGAAAAUUUAGAUGAGGAUCUUAACAUAUUGGAAAUAAAAAAAAAAAGUAGUAAUGAUUUAUUAAAUAAUGAUAAAGAGAAAAUAGAUGAAUGGAAAAAAAAAAAAUGGUUUAUAGAGUUAAUAUUGGAAAUGAAAAGAAAAGAAAAGGAAUACAUAAAGGAAGUAUAUGAAGAUAUGAUAGCAAAAAAUAAUGAGAAAAGAAUUAAAAAUCCCAUGUUAGAAAUGCAAAAAAUUAUAUGGAAAAAACACUGUGAAGAUAUUCAUAGGAGGUGGAUAGAAAAAAAUAAUAAGGAAAUUUUACAACGCUAA